AUGACCGGCUCAUCCGAUCCUUCAACAGCACACUUUCGAGGUUCUGCUGAGCAUCGGAAUCCAGCGCUUCCGUCGGGAUCUUCUCACUCAGCUUCGGCAGCUCCGUCCACCGCCUCCGCCUCAGCAUCACCUUCGGUUGACGCAGCCGCCAGUCAGGAAUCUCUGAAGCAGCAUCCAAGCACGGCCGUAUCAGAAGGAACCGCUGCCGAGAUCGGAUCCAAACAGAGGGAAUAUCAGCGCAGAGCAAAGCACCUCUCGCUCGUAGCCAAGCCCGUGCCGUACGCUCGACAAGGCGAUCCUCCCAGCUUCCUGGCCGUUCUCAAAGACUUUGAUCGUCUGCUCAAGUCGCUUCCUAUUCCCAUCCAUCGUCUCAUUCCCACCCUCGUCGCAAGAGUCAUCUGCCGCGUGUUCCGCUCCCAGAACAUCAUGGCGUCCAACAUCGCUUUCGACAUCGCGCUCUUCUUCUGGCGCAUCAUCAUCAACCUCUUCUUCCGUGAGAUCCGUCCGCGCUCAUCAUGGCGCAUUCCGCGAGAAGGGCCUGUCAUCUUUGUGGCAGCGCCGCAUCACAACCAGUUCCUCGACCCGCUUCUGCUUGCGUCCGAGGUGCGUCGAGCAUCCGGCCGUCGCGUCGCCUUCCUCAUCGCCGAGAAGAGUAUCAAGCGCCGCUUCGUAGGAGCCGCUGCUCGCAUCAUGCAGUCCAUCCCCGUCGCCAGAGCAGCCGAUAGCGCCAAGCGCGGCAAUGGAUACAUCACGCUCCAUCCCUCGGGCGACCCUCUUCUCCUGCAAGGACAUGGAACCGCAUUCAAAUCUCAACUAGUCCCCAAGGGCCAAAUCAUGCUGCCAAAGGCCUGCGGACAUGCUACUGUGGAGGUUGUCGAGGUCGUCAGCGACACCGAAGUCAAGAUCAAGAAGGAGUUCAAGGACCAGCGCGCGCUCGACAUGCUACGCGGCAAGAUUCCGCAGCCGGAACCGGUCAAGUCCGACAAGAGAGGAUCCAAAUCGCCGAGCUCGAGAGCGUUAGAUAAGGUCACCCAUGAUCUGAUCGAGGACAAGGGCUGCAAGUACUCCUGCCUUCCCUUUGUGGACCAGACACAGAUGUACGCAAAAGUCUACGAGAAGCUCGCAGAGGGCGGGUGUCUCGGCAUCUUCCCCGAAGGCGGCAGUCAUGAUCGCACCGACCUCCUGCCUCUCAAGGCUGGUGUCGUCAUCAUGGCUCUCGGUGCCAUGUCAGCCAACAAAGAUCUCAACGUGCGCAUCGUCCCCGUCGGUCUGUCGUACUUCCAUCCCCACAAAUUCCGCAGUCGCGCUGUGGUCGAGUUUGGCUCUCCGAUCGACGUUCCACGUGAGCUCGUGGGCCUAUUUGACGAGGGCGGAGAGGGCAAGCGCAAAGCCGUGGGCGACAUGAUGAGCAUCGUCUACGACGGUCUCAAGGGUGUCACGUUGCGAGCACCCGACUACGAAACUCUCAUGGUCGUUCAGGCCGGUCGCCGCCUCUAUCGAGCGCCUGGCCAGUCGCUCAGUUUGGGGCAGACAGUCGAGCUCAACCGCAAGUUUAUCAUGGGAUAUCUCCAAUUCAAGGACGAGCCCCGCGUCGUCAAGCUUCGCGAGGAGGUCCUUCGAUACAACAAGAAGCUGCGGUAUGCAGGUCUGCGCGACCACCAAGUGGAAAGGGCUACCCGAGCCGGCUGGCGCAGUCUCGGUCUCCUGUUCUACCGUCUCGGCCUGCUUGGGCUCUGGGGCGGAUUGGCGCUGCCGGGAGCUGUGCUCAACUCGCCCAUCAUCAUCCUCGCCAAGAUCAUCAGUCACAAGAAGGCCAAGGAGGCGCUGGCAGCAUCGCAGGUCAAGGUAGCUGGACGCGACGUGCUGGCCACCUGGAAGGUUCUUGUCUCCCUCGGUGUCGCGCCGGUCCUCUAUUCGUUCUACGCAGGGCUCGCCACCUUCCUCGCCCACAGGUACGAACUGUCGCCACGAACACGCGCGCUUAUGCCGCUGUACACGCUCCUUGUGCUGCCCACCAUGUCGUACUCGGCGCUCAAAUUUGCCGAGGUCGGCAUCGACAUCUACAAGUCGCUGCCGCCCCUGUUCAUCUCGCUCAUACCGGGCAACCACAAGGUCAUCCUCGAUCUGCAGCAGACGCGAACCAAGAUCAGCGCCGACAUGCACGCACUCAUCGACGAGCUCGCCCCGCAGGUGUGGGAAGACUUUGCCGAGAACCGCAUGCUGCCCAACGCGUCCGCGCCGCCUGCGCCGGAACGAGAGGCGCUGGUGUGGAAGCAGAAGAAGUCGGCGGGCGGUGCGGCCAACGAUGCGCUGAGCCAUCCGCUGCAGUGGAUGGACGAGCGGCUGUUUGGAUGGGGUCGGCGCCGUCGCUCGUCGUCACGUCGUACCAUGACGGCGGACGAGAUCAAGCAGCUUCGCAACUCGAGCCUGACACGAGACACUGCGGGUGGUGACAGCAAUGCGAUCGACGAGGAGGAGAAGGAGAUUGCCGAGGAGGACGGAGAGGGUUCCUUCGGCGAUGCUUCGGAAGGCUCGAGCUACACGGAGAGUGGCGACGAGGAUGAAGGCGACUACGAAGCCGUGUUUUCGAUGCUGAACCCGACGACGCUGAUGAAUGGCCUGCGGAACGGCGUGCUGAGCCCUACGACGCCCGGGUCGGCUGGUCGACGCAGUCGCACCCACUCGCGCUCUCGAAGCGGCAGUCGUGGGAGCAUCGGUGGCACUGGCGAGACGUUUGCAGAGAAGCGCAACAGGAGCAGCCAGGAUCUGCGCGCUUUGAUGCGGGAAGGGGGCGCCAUGUCGCCCAGCGCUACACGAUCGACAGGUAUUCUGGACGGUGCUGGAGGCAAAGUAUCGCAGUCGAGCCGAUCAUCUGCAUUGCCCGCGAGCCUAGCGACCACAAGCAUCACCGACGACGCAAGCCGCGGCAAAGCAGCAGCCGACACUGCAGCUACCUCGCGCAGAAACCGAACGCACUCGCUUUCGGAGGAUGUGCACGUGGAAGAGCUCAAGAAUGCCGGACCGGCAGCCAAGAAGUUGCCGUUCUCGGCGGCAUCGCAAGCGUUCGAGAUGCAGCACGAGGGUGCUGAGAAGCAAGCAGGUUUCCGACCGAAGCUGGAGAAUAUGAUGAGCGCCGAGAACACGCCCCCUGCGACGCCCAAGCACGAAGCCAAGUAG